AUGACAUCGACCAACUUUGCGCAAGCGCAGCAGCGCCUCGCAGCCCGACGACAAGCCCGCGAAGCCGAUAACGCGGCCCGCAUCGCCGCGCAACGACAAACAUCACGAGCCCGUGCCCAGAUCGAUCGUUUGCCGUUCCCCUUCAGUCGCCUUGGCUUGGCCUGGGACUCGAUAUCAUCUCAGGAUGGGACCCGUCCCGCAUUCCGGGUUGGCCAGGUCGACGCGGAACUGCUGGAUGACGAGCUGUUGGAACUCCUCCGCGGCCAGGUUGGUGAUGCGCUCAAAUACUUCGCCGGCGGCCACCUGAAAGACGACUGGUCCGCCGAAAUCCUUCUGGCACUCCGCGCCAUACUUUUCAAGUUGACUGUGUGGGAUAACGAUGCGACCUACGGCGCGGCUCUACAGAAUCUGAAGUAUACGGAUGCGCGCAAGAACGGCUCGGUUCUGGUUGCGCCGUCCAAGUGGCAGAAGUCCUUGUACGGGUUGGUCACUGUCUUUGGGAAAUACGGCUGGGAGAAGUGGGAGAACUGGCUCCUUGAACACGAUGACGGAUAUAGCGACGAACCCGACCCUCGUCUUCAACAACUGUCAAGAAUCACCUCUCGAAUAACAACGCUGCAUGCCGGCGCAGCCUUUGUUUCUUUCCUCGUCUUUCUUCUGCGAGGACGUUAUCGCACCCUGUUGGAUAGGGUCUUGCGGAUGCGCCUGGCUCCCCCCACUAGCCAGGUGAGCCGAGAGGUAUCCUUUGAGUACCUCAAUCGGCAGCUUGUGUGGCACGCCUUUACGGAAUUCUUGCUCUUCAUAUUGCCACUCGUCGGCAUCAACCGGUGGAGAAGAUGGAUCUCUCGUACAUGGCGCAAGACGAAAGAGAUUAUCACCACAAAGGGAGAUGAAGACAAGACGGCAAAUGGCGAGUUCGGCUUCUUGCCUGAGCGCACCUGCGCCAUCUGCUACCAGGACCAGAACGCACUUGCGAGUACAGAAACCGAGAUCAUGGCUGCGGCAGCAUCGAGCGGAGUCAUUGGCUCAGCCCAGACUGAUAUUACCAAUCCAUACGAGACCAUUCCUUGCGGGUGUGUGUACUGCUUUGUCUGCCUUGCAACCCGUCUCGAGAGAGAAGAGGGCGAAGGCUGGACGUGUCUAAGAUGCGGUGAGCUUGUAAAAGAAUGCAAGCCGUGGAGCGGUGACGUUCUAGAGCCACCCAAGAAGUCACCCACUGCAAAGGUCGUUGCCUUUUCUGAAGAUGCCAAGGAUGUCGAGAGUGAUGUCGAGGCGAAGGGCGAGGCUGAUGUUGAAGCCGACGCCGAAGUUGACAAUGAGUUUGUCGACGUGCCUCAGGACAAAGACUACUCUACAGACGAUACCAACACUGGCGAUUCCGAGGGUUUCGAGGAAACCAUGGAUCAGGAGGAAUGA